AUGAGAGGCGGUGCCUCCAUGGUCUCAUUGAUGGACAGCCUGUCGGCCCUUCCUGAUACAGGAUCAGACGUCAUGGUUAUGUCCAAAGCAUAUGCUAUUUCCCGCGGCUUCAACAUCGACAGGAAUCUUCAGAAAUUUCUUGAUCUUGAGCUUGCUGAUGGUUCUGAAGCCUUCACAUGUGGCCUAGUCCGCGGGGUAGACUGGACAUUUGCUGCAUCACGACAAAGCGUGAAAUGCGACUUCUACGUUCUUGAAGACUUGUGUACGGAUGUUGUGCUUACCAACGAUUUCUUGUUUGGAUUAGACGUUUUUUACACGGAAUCAGAGUUCCUGUCCAAGCUUUCUCAUAGCGAAGACUAUUCAGAGCUAUUGCUCAUAAGCCUCAAGGGGAAUUGUCCAGCUGAGUUGCCGCCGCAUGAAGACCUGGCCAACAUCGAUCUGACCUCUGCGGAUGCUUUUAGCCGCCAGCGAGUACUUGCAGAGCUGCACCAUCGCGACGAAGUGGACAACCUAAUUGAUGCGCCAGACCCUGGCGACCAAGAAACUGCUAGAAGGACAGAAUUUGAGAGACGCAGGGUAUGGGAGGAGAUUCUACAGAGGCAUCAACAACUACAGGUUGUUGCCCAAUUGAAUGGAAGCACGUCGCCAAUGACUGCGCCAACCCAAGACGCACACACAGCGACGAGUAAACGCAGAAGGUGGGCCCUCAGGUUUCGCAUACCUUCGUUGAGGGCCUCGAGGAAAGGGGGAUAG